GUGGGUAAAUAUGUUGAGAAGUUUAUCAAGGUCCAUAUUGCAUCAUCAUCCUCUUCUCCUUCUCUAUCCUCUUCUCAGUCAUCAUCCUCUUCUCCUUCUCUAUCCUCUUCUCAGUCAUCAUCCUCUUCUCCUUCUCCAUCCUCUUCUCCUCUAUCUCAUUCUCUAUCCUCUUCUCAUCUAUCCUCUUCUCAGUCAUCAUCCUCUUCUCCUUCUCUAUCCUCUUCUCAGUCA